AUGUCUAAGAACGUCGUAAUUAUUGGGGUAUCCGUUGGUGGAAGUCAAGCGGCGAAGUGGGACGCCGAAACAUGGGCCCCGCUUGCAGAUCUGGCAAAGAAUCACCCAGAGGCAGGUGUACACUUCCAAGAAUGUGAGAUUCACAGCCGUGCUAAAGACGCCGGUUCCGCAACUGCCACCUGGUUUGCGGAUCUCCUAUCCUCAAAUCCCUGGUUUGCGAAGGUCGUGCCAAAUUUCCGGACUCUAGGAAAAGAUUCACUUGGACCCGGUAUCGACUCCGCGACUGCCUUCACCUCAGUUUGUAUCAACACAGCAAUCUACUUGCCAUGGCUCGUCUCACAAUGCUUGGCCAACGGCGUGACUUUCAAGCGAGCGAUUUUCGAGCACAUUCGCGAUGCCUCCGCCCCCGGUACUCACCCGGGCGGGAACGUCGAUCUGAUCGUCAACUGCACCGGACUCAUGGCCUCAAAGCUCGGAGGUGUAGAGGAUACGGCUGUGGUUCCGGCUCGGGGGCAGAUUGUUUUGGUUCGAAACGAGGCCGGGAAAAUGCUGGAUGUAUCGGGAACCGACGAUGGCGAUGACGAAGCGUGCUAUGUUAUGACCAGGGCCGCGGGCGGAGGCACAAUUCUCGGCGGGUCGUACCAGAAGGGUAGCUGGGAGUCUCAGCCAGAUCCCAAUCUUGCUCUUCGAAUUAUGAAGCGCGCUGUGGCAAUGUGUCCCGCACUGACAAAUGGCCGAGGAGUUGAGCAUCUCGAUGUGAUCAGACAUGGCGUCGGUCUACGCCCAGUUCGUGAGGGUGGCACUAGAAUUGAGAAGGAGGUUAUUGCGGGGAUAAAUGUAGUGCAUAACUACGGCGCUGGAGGUGCUGGAUAUCAGUCAUCGUAUGGCUGCGCACUUGAGACAGUGAAUCUGAUCGAGGAGUCUCUGGGCCCUCGCUCCAGACUGUAA